AAUAUUAUACUUACUCAAGGACAGGUUCAACGAGUAAGGUAUCCCACCAUGGCAGUUUGUUCACAGACCAAUGAGCCACCACGAAAGAAACGGAAACAUAAAUCCAGAAUCUUGGAGUGGGCUCGUGAAUACAAAAAUUAUGUGGUUGAGCUGGAUAUGCCAUCAAGUGAUUCAGAAUUUGACCAGCGUUGGGAUCAACAAUUCCCCCAUAAUGUUACUUUUGUCAAUCUGGUGGGUAAAAAAUCCAGUUUCAAAAUACUGAAUACCAUCGACGAUCGUUCAGAUAUGCUUGCUAAGGUGAGACAAUUGGGAAAAUUUAACACCACCAAAUCAUGUGACUGGUCAAGGCUGCGCCAACUUCUAGAACAAGCAAAAUACACGAGGCCUGAAAAAAAUACAGCAGGAAGCCCAUGGAAAUGCACAGAAGAAGUCAUUUUGGAUGAAGGAGACCCGCUGGAGUUGGUGUGGGACUUGCUGGCUAAUGCUUUUAUGUCCGACUUCAUGAACGGCGACAUAAAAAAAUUCCUGCAUCAUAUCUGUGACUACAUCAUUAAAAUCCUUCCUGCACCUGACCUCCUUGUAGAUGAGCCUUUUCCAACAUCCAUCACGAAUUCUGUGGUACGUACCGCUACACACACAGCACCAUGGCAGCAGCAAGAAGAACUCGGUUCACCCCAUUCCUCAGAGCUCUCACUUCCUUCACAAAAACCAGGCAUUGUUGUGCCAGAUGUCGUCAUUUACCACAAAUAUGAACAAUUAUUUAUCCUCAAUGUCGAAUGUAAACGGAGUGCAGAUAAUUUUGAUUUAGGUGUUGUACAUUGUAUGAAACAAAUGCUGUCCCAAAUGCAUGGGCAGAAAUUUCAUUUUGGAAUUGUCCUGUCUCCAAUCAAGUGGCACUUGAUGGUGUUGUUGAAGAACCAUGAUACAAUGGAUGUGUGGCAGACUCGUGAAUCAUUAGUUACCCUUAAUCAAGCCAACCCUGACCACGUAUUCAAUAUUGGCAACUUUAUCCAGUUGUUGGACUGGAUGUACAAUAUCAUUGCUUUUCACAUUUCAGAUUAGGUUUUGCAAUGAUAGAUAGAAACAAAGGUCAAACUGGAAGAUGCUGAUUGUUUGGGGCACAUCUGUACACAUGUACAAGUAUAGUGAAGUAAAAUAUUAAUUCAGUGUUACUAAUGAUAUUUCUGCCACAUAUGCUAGAGACCUGAGAUUUAAUGUGGCAAGUGUUUAACAAUUAUAUACAAGGGACCAUUAAAGACAGACCAGCCAUUGCACCUCUGUAUUACAAAACAGAUGCGUUUACACACUGAAAUGUUCCUUUAAGUAUAUCAAGAUGGUAAGUCAAAGGGCUCUAGAUUAAUAAUGCUAUCAAGGAUGCAUACAACAGAAUAUAUGCAGAAAAAAACUGAUCAGAAAAAUCCACUUUUAAAUUUGGCCAUAAUUUUAGUAAUUAUGUUCAUCAAUCCUGUAUGUUUAAGAUGUUAUCUGUAUGGCAUUAUAGUAUAAUAUGCUGAAAAAAAUAAGCAUAAAAAAUCAAGUGGCAGCUGAGGUUGGA